AAGGGCGAGCAGUGGCAGCGGGCGCGGGCGCUGCUGAGCGAGAUGUGGGAGGCGAAGCUGGAGCCCGACGUCAUCUUCAGCUACAACGCUGGGAUCAGCGCGUGCGAGAAGGGCGAGCAGUGGCAGCGGGCGCUAGCGCUGCUGAGCGAUCAGCUACAGCGCUGGGAUCAGCGCGUGCGAGAAGGGCGAGCAGUGGCAGCGGGCGCUGGCGCUGCUGAGCGAGAUGCGGGAGGCGAAGCUGGAGCCCGACUUAGCUACAGCGCUGGGAUCAGCGCGUGCGAGAAGGGCGAGCAGUGGCAGCGGGCGCUGGCGCUACUGAGCGAGAUGCGGAAGGCGAAGCUGGAGCCCAACGUCAUCAGCUACCGCGCUGGGAUCAGCGCGUACGAGAAGGGCGAGCAGUGGCA